AUGGCGCCCGAGCUGAGCGCGGAGCGCGCCAGGCUCAGCAUCCCCAAGGGUGUGCUCUUCGAGGGCCCGCCCGGUACCGGCAAGACCCUCCUGGCCAAGGCCAUCGCGGGCGAGGCUGGCGUCCCGUUCUUCUAUGCCAACGGCUCCGAGUUCGUCGAGAUGUUCGUGGGCGUCGCGGCGAAACGGGUGAGAGACCUGUUCAAGCGCGCGAGGCAGGUGUCGCCGUCGAUCAUCUUCAUCGACGAGCUCGACACCAUCGGCCGCUCGCGCGCUCUCUACGGCAACAUGGACAGCGCCACGCAGGAACGCGAGGCCGGUCUGCUGCAACUCCUCGUCGAGCUCGACGGGUUCGACACCAAGGCUAACGCGGGCGUGGACCAGGAGAUGGUGCUCGUGAUGGGCGCCACCAACCUCAGCGCGCAGCUCGACCCGGCGCUCCUUCGCUCUGGUCGAUUCGAGCGAUCCUUCCACAUCGGCGUUCCCAAGCGCCACAAGGACAGGCUCGCCAUCCUCCAGGUGCACGCGAAGAAGCUCAACAUCCCGCGAGAGGGUGAUCACAAGUGGGAGUCCGACGCGCUGCUCAACCGAGCCGCGGAUCUCACCGACGGAUACAGCGGCGCCUCGCUCGCCGCGCUUCUCAACGAAGCAUCCAUCCUCUCCGUCAGGGCGGACAGGGAGUUCGUCAACCUCUCGGACGUGGAGCGCGUCAUCGAGCGUAA